AUGAACAAUUCCUCUCUUCGUUCUCAAGUCAAGACAUAUACACCACCUCCGAUGAGUGAUACACCCCACUCCUCUCCAUCAUCGUCGGUUGCAUCCACUACUCCUGUUGUGAGUAUAUAUACCAAGCCACAUUUAAUGAGGAGAUUGAAACAAUUUUUGGAUCAUUUUGAUCGGCCACCCCAACAAUUAUUUAUUGAUUUCGCGUUUGUGGAAGUGGAAGAGAAUGAUGUCUCUCAAUUCCGAUACAAAUUACAACAUCCAAUUUUACAAUCCAUAUACGGACCAACAGUGGAUGAACAAUUGCCUCUGUAUCAAAAUGAGUCUACCUCAUCAUCAGCAAGGUUACCCACAUCAUUAACACCAAGACUUUAA